AACAAUGCGGCGAAUCGGGACCUGAACCGCAACUUUCCGGACUUUUUUCAGGACAACACCCGCGCAGAACAGCCCGAAACGGCGGCCGUCAGGAAAUGGAUACAUAGCCUGCCGUUCGUACUGUCGGCCAACUUUCACGGCGGAACAGUUGUCGCCAAUUAUCCCUACGAUAACAAUAAGUUCGGCUUAAGGAAGAAGUCGGUCUCUCCGGACAACGACGUGUUCAAGCAUUUGGCGCUCACUUAUGUCAAGAAACACCCGAAUAUGAAGAAUGCGGUUCAGUGUAAAGAGCGCACCGACGCCUUCGAGAACGGCAUUGUCAACGGCGCCCAAUGGUAUCCCGUCAAAGGAGGAAUGCAAGACUACAACUACAUCUACGGCGGAGUAAUGGAGAUAACUCUGGAGGUGUCGUGUUGUAAAUACCCGUCGAAAUCGACGCUAUCGUCCUUCUGGAACGACAACAAGCAGUCGUUGCUGUCAUACUUAGCGCAGGUUCACCGCGGCGUCAAAGGGCUGGUCCGCGACCACAACGAGACGCCGGUCGCCAACGCGGAGAUACGGAUCGUCGGCCGCGAUGUGGUAUUCCGGUCGACCAAUAGAGGCGAAUACUGGCGCCUAUUAUUGCCGGGCGAUUACGUGAUCGAAGUGGUGGCCAAAGGGUUUGUCACGAUUCGGCGCCAAUUCACUGUUGUCGGCGAUAAAGUCACUAAACUUAACCUCUAUUUGUAUCCAAUCAACGAACACAGACACGCGUCGGUCGCUGUCUUCGACAGAAUUACCGCCGAAUCCAGCGCUCAUCACAAUCCACCUCAUUAUCCACUCGUUAUACUUUUAUUGUCUUUAUUAUCAGCUCUUGUUUUGAUUCAUUAAUUAGUCUAAUCGUCAAUACUUUGUUUGAUUUUCUCGUCUUAUUUAUUAACUAAACAGCAAAAUAUCAUUCACUGAUUCAAUGAAACGGCUGUUGUAUUGAAUCGUUGGUUAGAUUUAGAGCCAAAGAAACACUUUUGCAAUUCAAUUGAAAUGAAAACAAAUAUUUUAAAUUCAUUUUACGGCCAAAUCUAUUGCUAUUUUAUGUAUUUUAGACAAUAAUCAUGUUUUUAUCCAUACAUUGUG